AUUGUUUCUUACAUUUGUUUUUCAUAAAAUAAGAAUAAUUCUUGUAUAUUUUAAGCGUAAGUAGAUAUGUCUAAAUUUAGCUCUCAGAUUACUACGCUAUUCAUCGUUGUAGCUUUGGUGUGUGCGUUUGUUCCGGUUUUCUCAGUCGAAGAAGCUGAAGCAAAAUCAUUAUGGAAUACUUGUCUUGUUAAACUCACUCCUAAGUGUGCGUUGGAUAUAAUCGCUGUUGUCUUUGAAAAUGGAACCAUCUCUGAUCCUUGUUGCAACGAUCUCGUCAAAGAAGGGAAAAUGUGUCACGAAACACUUAUUAAAUAUAUUGCAGAUAAACCCAUGUUAAUUGCCCACGAAACAGAAUACUUGAAGAAGAGUGAUGACUUGUGGAAUCAUUGUGUCUCAAUCUCCAAAAGUACUUGAACUUUGUAUUGUUUGUACUAUAUUUACUGAAUAAAUUGAGAUUUCUCUGUUGUUAGAUUUCUCUUACCACAAACAUUUAUAUUUUCACUUUACUACAAUAUUCACUAAAGGGAAUUCUCUCUGAAAAAGAAGA